UCCCCAGUCGCGAUCGAUCUGUUGACGCGAGUGUACACCGCAAAAGUAUCCUCCCACAACGGUAUUGGCGAAUCGGUUUUUAUCAACAGUUCGUCAGCAAGAUAAGGUGUGAAUCGAUAGUGCCUUUAUUUAGUUGGGAAUCAGAUCAGAUCGAUUAAUGAUCCAGUGGAGGCAGCAGACAGCGAACAAAUUGUGAUUUUUGAAAUUGUCUUAAAUUGGCAGUAAUUGUUUCGGACCCGGACCCGGAUCAACGAACAAAAUGCAUCGCGCGAGAACGGCUCUCCAGCUUAUCAGUCACCCUGUUGGGCAGCAAAAUUUCGGUUCGUGGUUGAUCCACCAUCCGUCAUCGAAGUUAACCGGUGAGCUUGUGGCAGCAUCCUCGGUGAAACUAUACAACUCUGCUGCAGCAGAACCUUUCCUCAAUGGCUCCUCGUCCAACUACAUCGACGACAUGUACAGUGCCUGGCUUAACAAUCCAGCCUCGGUUCAUGCGUCCUGGGACGCAUACUUCCGUAACAACUCGUAUGAUGCUCCACCAUCCUUGGUUACCAUUCCAAGAAAUCACGUUCCUGCAUCUCAAUACAUCGGAAGUUCCUUACCAGCCGUGUCAAGCCCUGGUGGCGCAAUCGGCGGACGGAUUGACGAUAAACUGAUUGAUGAUCAUCUGGCUGUGCAAGCUAUCAUUCGAAGCUAUCAGAUCCGAGGUCAUAACAUUGCCAAACUAGACCCGCUUGGAAUCAGUAACGUGGACCUAGAUGAUAAAAUUCCUACGGAGUUACUGUAUUCUUCCUACCGUUUUGACAAGCGGAUACUUAAAAGUUUAGGCGAAGAUGUUUAUCGCACGGUUUUAACGCUGACCCAACAGGAAACCGAUAUGGAUCGAGUGUUCAAACUUCCCAGCACUACCUUCAUAGGGGGCAAGGAAAAGUUCCUGCCACUGCGUGAAAUUCUCGGUCGAUUGGAACGGGCCUACUGCAAUAAAAUUGGUGUGGAGUUUAUGUUCAUCAAUUCGCUGGACCAGUGCAACUGGAUUCGCGAACGGUUCGAGACACCCAACAUUAUGACUUACACGAACGAAGAGAAACGAUUGAUUCUGGCACGGUUGACCCGUGCCACCGGAUUCGAGGCAUUUUUGGCGAAAAAAUUCUCCUCGGAAAAGCGAUUCGGUCUCGAGGGUUGUGAAAUCAUGAUUCCGGCAAUGAAGGAAGUAAUUGACAUCUCGACUAAGCUGGGCGUUGAAUCCAUCAUCAUGGGUAUGCCACAUCGUGGCAGAUUGAACGUUUUAGCUAAUGUUUGCCGUAAACCAUUGAACCAAAUAUUCUCACAAUUCGCUGGACUGGAAGCUGCUGAUGAUGGUUCCGGUGAUGUGAAAUACCACUUGGGAACUUACAUUGAGCGUCUGAAUCGCGUCACAAACAAAAACAUUCGUCUGGCGGUCGUUGCUAAUCCAUCCCAUCUGGAAGCUGUCGAUCCAGUGGUACAAGGUAAAACACGUGCCGAACAGUUCUACCGUGGAGAUGGAGAGGGAAAGAAGGUGAUGUCUAUUCUAUUGCACGGUGAUGCCGCUUUCUGCGGACAGGGUGUUGUUUACGAGACCAUGCAUUUGUCUGAUCUGCCUGAUUACACCACCCACGGUACGGUUCACAUCGUUGUGAAUAAUCAGAUUGGUUUCACUACUGAUCCCCGUCACUCGCGUUCAUCGCCAUACUGUACUGAUGUAGCGCGUGUCGUGAAUGCUCCGAUCUUCCACGUGAAUUCGGACGAUCCGGAAGCAGUUAUGCAUGUGUGUAAAGUAGCUGCUGAGUGGCGGGCGACGUUCCACAAAGAUGUGGUUAUCGAUCUAGUCAGCUACCGUCGUAACGGUCACAACGAAAUUGAUGAGCCUAUGUUUACUCAGCCGCUUAUGUACAAGAAAGUUCGAGGUAUUAAGCCGGUAUUGGAUAUUUACGCCAAUCAAUUGAUCACUGAGGGUUGUGUGACCGCUGAGGAGGUUAAAAGCGUGAAGGAUAAAUACGAGAAGAUUUGCGACGAAGCAUUCGAGCAGGCUAAGUCCGAAACACAUAUCAAGUACAAGGACUGGUUGGAUUCGCCGUGGUCUGGAUUCUUUGAAGGCAAAGACCCACUGAAGGUUGCACCAACUGGUGUUAUUGAAGAAACGCUUGUUCACAUCGGAAAUCGGUUCUCGGCACCACCACCGAAUGCCGCUGAAUUUGCCAUCCACAAAGGUCUCAUGCGUGUUAUGUCGGCUCGCAAAGAAAUGGUUGAUAACAAAACGGUUGAUUGGGCCCUGGGAGAAGCUAUGGCGUUUGGAUCACUGCUGAAGGAGGGUAUUCAUGUGCGCCUGUCCGGUCAGGACGUGGAACGUGGUACGUUUUCGCAUCGUCAUCAUGUCCUGCAUCAUCAAACUGUCGACAAGGCUACAUACAGACCGUUAUGUCAUCUGUACCCCGAUCAGGCACCGUACACGGUAUGCAACAGUUCCUUGUCCGAAUUCGGUGUUCUAGGAUUUGAGCUAGGUUAUUCGAUGACAAACCCGAACGCCCUGGUCAUUUGGGAGGCUCAGUUCGGUGAUUUCAAUAACACCGCUCAGUGCAUUAUCGAUCAAUUCAUUUCAUCUGGUCAAGCAAAAUGGGUCAGACAAAGCGGUCUCGUUAUGUUGCUUCCUCAUGGUAUGGAAGGUAUGGGUCCGGAACACUCGUCGGCCCGUGUCGAGCGGUUCCUGCAGAUGUGCUCCGACGAUCCGGACUAUUUCCCGCCAGAAUCUGAGGAAUUUGCCAUCCGUCAGCUGCACGACAUCAACUGGAUCGUGGCAAACUGUUCAACUCCGGCCAACUACUUCCACAUCAUGCGUCGACAGAUUGCGCUACCUUUCCGUAAACCGUUGAUUCUGCUAACGCCUAAGUCGCUGCUGCGUCACCCGGAAGCCAAGAGUCCCUUCAGCGAAAUGGUCGAUGGUACCGAAUUUCAGAGAAUCAUCCCGGAUGCUUCGGCCGCUUCCGAAAAUCCAACUAAAGUCAAGAAACUAAUCUUCUGUUCCGGAAGAGUGUACUACGAUAUCUUGAAGGCUCGACGUGAACGUAAACUGGAGUCAGAAAUCGCAAUCAGUCGAUUGGAGCAGAUCUCACCAUUCCCGUACGAUCUGAUAAAGGCUGAAUGUGCUAAGUACCCGAAUGCCGAAGUGGUAUGGGCCCAGGAAGAGCACAAGAAUCAAGGCUACUGGACCUAUGUUGCGCCACGAUUCGACACCGCUAUUAAUUCGACCCGCGAUCUCAGUGUGCAAGACAAGUUUGUGCUGCAGAAAUCAGCCCAAGGAUUCAAUAUUUGCCAAGGCUCCUUCAAUACACCAUCCGAAGAUACACCAAAAGGUCGUAAAGUGAAAAUCUCAUCGAGACCACUUAGCUACGUGGGACGCGUAUGUGCAGCAUCUACGGCCACCGGCUCCAAAGCCCAGCACACGAAGGAGUUGAAGAACCUGUUGGAUCAUGCCAUGGCCUUAUAAAUGGGAGUAACGUGCAACACACAGCUCUUCUAACCCUUGGAACCACACAAACACACGCGUGUCUGUUAGAAAUCUGCUUCUAUUCCUAUUUAGCCACGACUAGUAUUUGUAAGAGAUUUUUUUUUUACUACAAAGUUAUAUCAGUGCUACUUACAAAUCGCUGUUGUUUGAAAGAUAGGUAUUUAUUUAAUAUUGAAAUGAUGUAAAAAUAGUACCAAACAAGUCUGAUUCAAAAAUGAUGAAUUUUUCGGAAUGAUUUUUUAUUUUCGAUAAGAAAAUCGAAAUUUGAAUCACACGUGUUUUUAUUUCCUAGAAAUCUAAGCAUAAAAAAUAAACACUGUAAAGUUGAAGUAUUUAACAUUAGUAGCUUAUAUAUUACCAAUUGUGUCGAACAUUUCGAGUUUGAAUCUGAUGAAUCGAGUAAUUCGAGAUUGUAUGAUAUUUUUGUGGGAAAACUGAUUGUUGAAAAGUUCUUAUAUCGAUUUUUGGUAGUUUAAACGACGAGGUGAAAUAUACGAAAAGUUCUGUUCGACAAAUGUAAAUCUAUUUGAUAUUACACUCAUUAUAAACAAGUGCGGGAACUUACCAACACUAUCCGUAGACAUAUACUGCUUUUAAUUUUGCUUUGUUAGGUAAACGAGCACGACGACUUGUCAGCGCUUUUACCAGCAAACAUAUUCUAACUCUGAUCGAUGGGCUUUGAACAGAAAAUCUGAGUAAUUUAUUUAAAAAUUUGCAGGAUCAUUUAUCCAGUCAUCCUGAACAUAAACAGCAAGUAGUUUCCUUUGCAAUCCUAAUCCAAAAGUAUAGAUCUAGUUAUGCAUGUAGUGUUGCUAUUACAUACUAGGGAUUUGUAGAAAAUAUGAAAUGUUGGAGUAAUUUAGUCGUGGUUGUCGAAUUUUCAUAAAAGAAUAAAAAUUGCGAUUCUACAGUUGGUAAUGUUUUUGUUCAAAUCAAUUUUAAAUGUUUCAAUAACACAAAUAAAAUCGCUAUUUUGAUUUGAUGCGACAUGGAGAAGUGAGAAAAAAUACACUAGAGUGUGUGUUCGUUUUAUAGUUUUAGUAAAUUAUUCAUGUGACCAUUAUUAUUAAAUUACUUAUAUGUUGACCAUCCAAUUAUAUGAAUGAAAGGAACAGAACGAACGCAAAUAAUCAAAAUAAAAAACUAAUGGAGUAAAUCAAGACAGCUGGAAUGUUAACGAAUACAUUUAUUUUCCUUUGUUGCUGUAGAUAUCACAUGAUUCCGUUUCAUGAUCUUUGCUUUUGUACAUUUUUCUUUGCUUAACCUAUAAGAUAUCUAUAAUCAAAUUGAAUACAUUUCUAUAAAUAUUGUUCCCUCAAAUUAGUGCUUGUCACUUGAAUCCAAUGGAAUCUCUAAAAUGAUAGAAAUAUUC